AUGGGCAAAAGCUCGAAUCCUCACCAGCGUGGCCGUGGCCGUGGUCAUGGUCGCGGUCGCGGUCGCGGUGGUAGUCGCGGCCGUGGUGGUCUCGGGAAUAGACAUCUAGACUCAAAAACCUCGCGUCGCAGAGGCGCAAGUUUACCCUUUGACUUGGCGAGUAUAUUUGGUGGCAAAGAUACAGCCGCCUUCUUCGAGAUAGACCAAGAAAUGGAUAAGCCGAAACAGCCUCCGAGCUCAAAACACCGCGUCUCUGGAAGAAGCAUCGCUUCAAGGGGUGGCAAGCGUGGGGCAAACCGUGCUGUGACGUCACAUAACCAUGUUCCCUUUAAUUAUAGUGCGCCGCAGAGCAAGCCUCCCUUACCGGAAGAAGCAAAUGCAACACUCUUCGCUUCAUAUGAACAAGACGAUGGAAAGCUGAAUACGAAUUCUGGGCGUAUAAAGAGCGAAAGAAUGAACAAGAAGGUGAAGAGCGUUCCAGAACACGAUGAUGACAAUAACGAUGAGGAAGAAGACGAAGAGGAAGACGACGAUAUUGUUAUCGAGCCGCAUAAGAGAAAUAAAGGGAGCAUUCCGCACCGACGUAAACUGGAAGGGCUAGUUGUAAAUGACUUACAACAAAUCGUUCAGAAGAGAGAGUACAACGUGCAUGCAAUGAUGAAACAUGCCAACCCUCUCCUCCGUCCUAUCCUUUUCGUCAAAGCGUCAGGAAUCUACGACAAGACUUCAUUACUCGAACCUAACAACUUUGAUUCUCUAAUCUCAAACGAAAAUAUGGAGACGCAAACAGGGUCUCCAAAGUCUGAUAGAUCUCAAUCACAAUCGAAGGCCCAGUCUCUGGCAUCCCAAAAUGAAAGGCGAACACAAAAUCCUCAAGCACCACACGACAACAUACGUGAUGAAAAGGAAGAAAUCCUAUCGAAACAAGAGCCCAUUCACACGGAUAAGCAAACAAGCAAUGAUGAUGAAGAAUUUCUGUCAUUUAAGCUCGCAGACCAGAUUCUUGAGAGUAGCUCUGACCGCAAGCCCAUAUCUGAGCAAGAUGAGAUCCUGGCAGAUUGGAUGGAAAAUGCUAUGCUUUCAGGACCAGAGCUUGUUCCCCUACCUACGAUGGCGGGCAUUUCAGAUCCAUUUGGCGAUCACACGACAUUAGAGGACAUUGCUAUUGAUGCACAUGAACGAGAAAGAGAUGCAUGGCAAAGUGAUAGUGAUGAUGAAAAUGAAGAUGACGACGAUGAAGAUGUUGAAAAUGUUGAGGAUGAGACGGAGCAAGAUCUGGAGCACGGAUUAGACGACAGUAUGGCUGAUAACGAACUGGAAGAAAAUGUGGAUGGCGUAGAAGAAGCUGAGGAAUUCGAGGAAGAUGAUGCCUCUGAAGAGAUCUUUGAAGAAGAAUUGCAUGCUUUAUUGCUUAGUGGAUUGGGCAAAGAUAUUCCUCGGGAUAGUAAACAGUCCGAUGAGGAUGAAAACUUUCUUCAAGUUCUUCGAGGCUCGUUCCCUGACGAGGACGUGGGUUUUUCAUCCACUAUUGGUCAAGUGCCUAAGAAAAGUACGUUCGCUUUGAUGUACUAA